GCGCCCCCGCCUCCUAACCGGCCCCUCUCCCCUUCCCGCCAAGAGCGGUGCAGGUGCAAGAAGAUCAAGCCCACGCUGUCCACCUACCUGAGCAAGAACUACAGCUACAUCAUUCAUGCUAAAGUAAGAAGUGUAGAAAGAGGGAGCUGCAAUGAGAUAACAACUGUGGUUGAAGUAAAAGACAUCCUCAAGUCGUCGAUGCCUAUUCCUCUGUCUCAAGUGCCUCUUCUUACAAAUUCCUCGUGCCAGUGUCCACCUCUUCAACCAAAGCAGGAUGUCCUCAUCAUGUGUUAUGAAUGGCGUUCAAGGUUGAUGCUUCUUGAUGGAUGUUUAGUUGAAAAAUGGAAGGAUCAACUAAACAAAAGAUUUAAGAGAUGGGAACAGCGACUGCAGGAGCAAAAGCAGCGAACGGCCCCCAGCAAGAACCAGAACGCGGGACGCAGCGGUCGCAGUGGGGCAUCCAAAGCACCAGCAAAGAAUACCCACCCAUUGGUCAGUGGCCCCAAAAAGGCCUCUAAAACAAGAAAUGGCCAGAAAGAAAUCAACCCUAAAAAAGUAUGAGCGCGACACAUCUGAAAGGACUUCUCUUGCAUGAUAAGGGUCACAAGCUGGCUUGAUGGGCUUGUUUUAUUAAUCUAGAACUCAUCAGUUUAAAACCUCACUGCAGUUUCUACAUAGACAUUGUUGCUGCACUUUACUUUUAAUGUUUUUUUCUUUCAAGCCACAGAGUGUAGGUUUGCACUAAUUUCUGGUAGGCUUAUUCACGCUGACCGAGUUUUACCUGAGGGCUCUGAUUCUAAUUCUAGGUAGAAGGUUCAGGCAGUAACUAGUGCAGCUGCUGGAGAUGAAUCUAUCUGCUCUUAGGAAUCA